AUGUACCCUAACGCGGGGAAUGAGAUUCACAACGCCACGACCGUGGAGAACAGGGAGCUGAAGCGGCAAGAACAGCCCCUGGCACGAGACAUUGCGAAAUUGCCAAAACUAAGCGCAUUCACACCUACGGAUCAUCAGCAAGAUGUUCCGUCUGAGAUUUCUGAAAAGAUCAAGUUUGAAGAGGGAACUCUGCCAAUUGAGACAUGCAGCAAACCGUCGACUGAUGAGCUUGUUCUUAAUGCGGAAGAAGAGCUCGACCUGACGAAGUUGAUGCAAGCAGCGAUGAUCUUUCCUGCUGAUCCGCAAGAACUUCCUCUCGACCCUGAGAACUCGGUCGAGGACUCGGUCGAGGACUCUUCCGACGACCGUCUUGAGGACGCAGCACUUAAGCAAUUGCCUUUAGAGCCUCUUUCCGAGAGUGAUUUCAACCUGUAAUCU